AUAUCUAUACGUUGCCAAGGCAUUACAUCUAUUGACAGCAAUAUUAAGAGACUAGUGAAGCUAGAAAAACUGGAUCUCAGUGUUAACAAACUAGAGUCAUUACCACCUGAAAUAGGAAGACUGGUGAAUCUAAAGACGUUAGAUCUCAAUAUUAACAAUCUUGAGACACUGCCAUCUGAGAUAGGAGAUCUGGUGAAUUUACAAAAACUAUAUCUCAACAAUAACAAUCUUGAGACAUUGCCAUCUGAGAUAGGAAAACUAACUAAUCUACAAGAUCUGCAUCUCAUUGAUAACAAUCUUGAGACAUUGCCAUCUGAGAUAGGAGAGUUAAAGAGAUUACGAAACCUGCAUCUCAGUAAUAACAAUCUAAAGAUAUUGCUGCCUAAGAUAGGAGGUCUGGUAAACUUACGAGAACUAUAUCUCAGCGGUAACAAUAUCGAGGCACUACCAUCUGAGAUAGGAGAUCUGGUGAAUUUACGAAACUUGCAUCUCAAUAACAACAAGUUAAAGUCAUUUCCAGUUGUAAUAGGAAAACUAACUAAUCUGCAAGAACUGCACCUCAAUGGUAACAAGCUAAAGUCAUUACCAUCUGAGAUAAGAACGUUAAAGAACCUAGAGAUAUUAUAUCUCAAUGAUAACGAAUUUGAGCCAUUAUCAACUGAGAUAGGAGAGCUAGAGAAUCUAAAAAUGUUGCACUUCCGCGAUAACAAGCUAAAAUCAUUACCGGCUAAGAUAGGAAAACUAAAAAAUUUGGAAACAAUAUAUCUCAAUAACAAUGAACUUGAAUCAUUGCCAUCUGAGAUAGGAGAGUUGAGGAAUUUGAGAUACCUGGAUCUCAGGAAUAACAAGCUCAAGGUACUACCAGACACUAUAAGAAAGCUGUUCAGUUCUUUGCACUUAUUGUAUUUGACAGGCAAUAGCAUUUCAGAGAUUGGAGAAAGGGGAAGGACUCUGGGCAAGAAAGAACUGAAAGAGGUAUUUGGAGGCCGUGCUGUGUUUGAUAUGAAUGCCCCACAUGGGACACAGUGA